AGUACGCCAACCAGCUCAACGAAGUACUUAAAUAUGGAGUGGCCUCCCAGAAUGCUCGCUUGCCUCUUUGUUCCCGACGACAUUGUGGGCUAUCUCCGUGGCCUGUUUCCGGCCAGUAUAAAAUCCUCAACGCUUUUUGCUCUGCUUCACCACCUAUCUGCACCCCUCAGACCUAGGCGAAUUAGCCAAUUUUCACUCUCGAUUCCAAUUCAACGAUGAUUGUAGCGAGCCGGCUCUCGAAAACUAACAAGCUCACGAUGGGCUCGAAAAUCGCGAAGACCUCACCCUCCGCACUCGCCGACGCUGCGCGUCGUCGACGGAAGCUCGUCCUCAAGCCAAUCAAGCAAGACACGUUCUUGUCCGGUGUGUCUAUUCGGAAGGCAAUGGGCCAUCGUCGCGAGCGCGUCCGCCGCCUGUCGCCCGUGCCUAAAUGCAAUGCGAAGGACAAGUCCCAGCCUCGCAUGUUGCUGCCCACGAGCUACAAUGUGUCUUGCGACGACUCGACCGACCAGCCUGCACAGAUUACUCACGUCGGUGGUGGAGUUUCUGCAAACUGCAUAAUUGCCUCGCGCAUGCCAGAAAUACUCCAGCGCCCAGAGUUGCAUGAUGUUUUGCCGCAGAUAGCGAACCGCUCUGCACAUGCGUCCCAGUUGGCGUUGAAGGGUCUUGAGAUUGUUCGUAGAGAAUUGAUUAAGAACGGUGACAGGUGAGUAACAAUUUGCCUGAAAGUACAUGGAAGAGCGAUGGUCUGACGUCUUGCUUUCUAAGCCUCAUUGCAGCCGUCGCAAACGCGGUUUGCGAGCCUAUUCAAGCGACACACAGUUGCGAGCUCCCGCAGUUCGUCAAUAUACGCGUACCCAGCAAUGUACCACGAGAACAUAUCCCCUCGCACAUGCUCAUGGUUCAUUCCAGUCCUGGCAGCGUUCUGCUCGCGCGUACCACGCUUACCAAACCCAAGGCCACCUUCACUCGAACCGUUCGAUUCGCAGCCUAACGCAUGCAAGCGUAUUGUCCCACUCGUACCUUUUGCAAUACCAAGCCCCGAAACGUUCCCGUUGAUGGUACAAUUCCUCUGUACGCAGAACGCCAUGCAUUUGCUGAAACAACUCGUGCCAAUUCCCCCUACCGAUGGCGAUUACUCGAAACUCUCGAAACACCUUGCGGAUACGUAUACGGGUGCAUCGUUGCUUUCGAACGCGAUGCG